UAAGCUUUAUUGCGCCACAAUUAAGCGUCAAAUGCAAAUGUUAGUUAGCGACUAACGGAGCAUGCCAGCUUGUUAGCACAGCGAGGAAUUUCCUGUAAACUUCACAGUUGGGAGUCAGCAUGUUAUUGUAGCUGUUUACUUUGGCAACAUUAGAAAUAACGAAAAAAGGGGAAAACUGAAGGUGUCAUGGCGGAGAAGGAAACAGUCGAAAAGUGGACAGACGCGCCUGUAAAGGGUCAAGCUUCCAUCAAAUCAGAAUUCCUAACGACCAAAGAAAAAUUUCAUGGCUUUGUAGACUCAGAGUGGCAGGGCCCAAAAGGAGACGGUGCCACUGAAAAUGAGACGUCUCAUGAGACGAAUGAGGCGGCCGUGGAGGAACCCGAGUCUAAAAAGCUCAAACUGGACUCUGAAGAUAGUACUAACACAGGAAAACCAGAUGGUAAACGUCUUCGGGGACAGAAUAAGUCAAGGCCGCACACGAAGCCUACCACUUAUGAUGAAAAACGACUUUGUCUCUCAGUCCUCCAGAAGCGGGAAUGCCCGUUUGGAGAGAAAUGCCACUUUCACCACAACAUUGCAGAUUACUUGUCCUCUAAGCCCGCUGACAUCGGGGAAAGCUGUUACCUCUAUGAAACAUUUGGAAAGUGCAUGUAUGGUCUCUCCUGCCGCUUUGCCAAAGCACACACUACUCCCGACUUCACAACCAUGGAGAAGGCAGAUCUGGUCAAGACGCUCGAAGGCAGAACUUUUGUGAAGAACAGCUUGAGUAAAGACCUCCAGAAUCGCCUGAGGAAGCGUUCGGUACCCUUCAAGAAGUCAGCAGAGUACCUGAAGACACUGUCAAACGACAAAGAUAAAAAAGGACAGCAAGGGAAUGGAAAUGCUUGUGCAGCUCCAGCAGAAGAAAAGCAGCAUCUUUCUACCGAAGAACAGCUGCAGGCUGGGGAAGAUAAACCGUCUCCGGUCAAGACUAUUGGCCCACUGACUGACGCAGAUGUCAUCAAGUUGCGCCCAAGUGAAAAGAAGAAAGUGGACUUCCAAGACAAGCUGUACCUGGCUCCUCUAACAACCUGUGGAAAUCUUCCUUUCCGUCGUGUGUGCAAACGCUUCGGUGCAGACAUAACCUGCGGUGAGAUGGCCAUGUGCACAAACCUGCUGCAGGGGCAACAGUCAGAGUGGGCCCUGUUAAAGAGGCAUGAAAGUGAAGAUCUCUUCGGUGUCCAGGUGGAGGGUUGUUUCCCGGACACCAUGACGAGGUGCGCAGAGCUCAUUAACAACAACGCCGACGUCGACUUUGUGGACAUCAACUCUGGAUGUCCCAUUGAUCUCGUUUACAAGAAGGGCGGUGGCUGCGGCUUGAUGACGCGUACCAGAAAGUUUGAACAAAUAAUCAAAGGAAUGAAUUAUGUCCUCGAUGUCCCUUUAACAGUCAAGAUCCGCACUGGUGUUCAGGAGAAGUCCAACAUAGCACACAAGCUCAUUCCAGAGAUGAAGAAUUGGGGCGUUUCCAUGAUCACACUGCAUGGCCGGUCCAGGGAGCAGCGCUACACAAAGUUAGCUGACUGGGACUACAUCUCCACAUGUUCUAAGCUGGCAAGCCCCAUCCCACUUUUUGGCAAUGGAGACAUUCUGUCCUAUGAGGAUGCCAUGAGAGCGAGAGAGACCGGAGUUUCUGGUAUCAUGAUUGCAAGGGGUGCCCUCAUUAAACCGUGGCUCUUCACCGAGAUAAAGGAGAGCAGACACUGGGACAUCUCGUCCAGCGAGCGUCUGGACAUCCUCAAGGAUUUCACCAACUUUGGCCUGGAGCACUGGGGCUCCGACACGCGAGGCGUGGAGAAGACCCGCAGCUUCAUGCUGGAAUGGCUCUCCUUCAUGUGCAGAUAUAUUCCUGUUGGCCUGCUGGAGCGAGUGCCUCAGAAGAUUAACGAGAGGCCUCCGUACUACAUGGGCAGGAACUAUUUGGAGACACUCAUGGCCAGUCAAAACGUUGGGGACUGGGUCAGGAUAAGUGAAAUGCUGCUCGGACCUGUACCGAAGAAUUUCAACUUCUUGCCGAAACAUAAAGCCAACUCCUAUAAGUGAUUUUUGUGUGUGUGUGUGUGUGUGAGAGAGACUACUAAAAACAUCCAGGUUCUUCUGUUUGUUGUUUUAUUGGUUGUCAAUAUUGAGAUAGAGAAAGUGUUUAAAUGAUAAAGACUAUUGAAUAGUCUAUUUAACCUGUGAUGCAGUAGGAGAAUACAAGGGUGUUUUUGUGACCCACUUCAAAUAUAUGCAAUAAAGUCUUUUGCCACAUUAAAA